AUGGCGAUAAUCGGAGGAGCUCAUCUUUCUCUGUCUUCCCUAUCAACAACAAGUCUUCCGCUUCUCUUUCUCUAAGUAGGAAUGUUGACGAGUUGGAUCCAUGAUUUGGUGUAGUAGGAAAUGCUAUAGAGGACAAGUCCGAUGGUGGACAAAAUUUAUGACGUCUUUGAAGCGAUUGAGCUAGAGUGGUAUAGCAGAUGACCAAUCUUUGUUUUUAGUUGAUGCACUUAGAGGCCAGAUGGCAACAACAAUCCAUCAUUCAGCUUUUUUUGGAAAUCUUUUUCUUUUCUUUUUUGUAUAAUUGAAGGUCAGGCUUGAGACAUAUUUUGACAAAGAAAAAGUGGAGUAGUAAAACGAAGAGGUAUGACAGUAGAGGACAAGGAGGCCUCUAAACAUAGUCAGUGGGAAGAAUAAUGCAUGCUAAUCAUGAUUGACAUCAUUGGGAAGCAUCCCCUGAGAAACAGGGAAGAUUUACGCUCAGAAGCCCUAUGAUUCUGAUUCUUCAUCAGCAACAUUGACGGAAUCUCAAAAAGUACUUGUUCCAGGCAGUGACGCCGAAGGUUCUCCAUCUGAUGAAGGCUUAAGUUCUGAUUCAAAUUUGAAUGACACUGAGGGUGUCCAUGAUUUACAUGUACAAACUGUGAAAGGAGGCACAGAGAGUGUGGCUAAUAAGAAAUCUAUGGCUAAAACUCAUACUCACGAAGAUAUAGAUGUGCAAGAUUCUGUCACUAGAAGAUUAGUUCCCCCAUCUGGUAAUGGGCAGAGAAUAUAUGAGAUAGAUCCACUUUUGAAAAAUUAUCGUACACAUCUUGAUUACCGCUAUUCAAUGUACAGAAAAUUGCGUGAAGAAAUUAACAAGUAUGAAGGUGGCUUGGAGGAAUUUUCUCGUGGAUAUGAAAAGAUGGGUUUCAUUCGCAGUGCUGCAGGGAUAACAUACAGAGAAUGGGCACCUGGAGCAAAGUCAGCAUCUUUGGUUGGAGACUUCAACAAUUGGAAUCCUAAUGCUGAUGUUAUGACUCGGAAUGAAUUUGGUGUUUGGGAAAUCUUUUUGCCGAACAAUGCAGAUGGUUCAUCGGCUAUCCCUCAUGGCUCUCGGGUGAAGAUUCACAUGGACACUCCUUCUGGAAUCAAAGACUCUAUCCCCGCUUGGAUCAAAUUUUCUGUACAGGCACCAGGUGAAAUCCCAUACAAUGGGAUCUAUUAUGACCCACCAGAAGAGGAAAAGUACGUUUUCAAGCACCCUCAACCAAAGAGACCAAACUCACUAAGAAUUUAUGAGUCGCAUAUUGGCAUGAGUAGUACGGAACCAAUCAUUAAUACAUAUGCGAACUUCAGAGAUGAUGUGCUUCCUCGAAUAAAAAAACUGGGUUACAAUGCUGUUCAGAUAAUGGCUAUUCAGGAACAUUCCUAUUAUGCUAGCUUUGGGUAUCACGUGACAAAUUUUUUUGCACCAAGCAGUCGUUUUGGUACUCCAGAAGAUCUCAAGUCCUUGAUAGAUAGAGCUCACGAGCUUGGUAUUGUCGUCUUGAUGGAUAUUGUGCACAGCCAUGCAUCGAACAAUGUACUAGAUGGGCUGAACAUGUUCGAUGGAACUGAUGGCCACUACUUUCACUCUGGAUCACGUGGUUAUCAUUGGAUGUGGGAUUCUCGUCUUUUCAAUUAUGGAAGUUGGGAAGUGCUCAGGUAUCUUCUAUCUAAUGCGAGAUGGUGGCUUGAAGAAUAUAAAUUUGAUGGCUUCAGGUUUGAUGGUGUAACUUCAAUGAUGUACACUCAUCAUGGGCUGCAGGUAGCAUUUACCGGAAAUUAUGAGGAGUAUUUUGGUUUUGCAACCGAUGUGGAUGCUGUGAAUUACCUAAUGCUGGUGAAUGACAUGAUACAUGGAUUAUUUCCUGAGGCUAUAGCCAUUGGUGAAGAUGUCAGUGGAAUGCCGACUUUCUGUCUUCCAACGCAAGAUGGUGGUGUUGGUUUUGAUUACCGUCUCCAUAUGGCUAUUGCUGAUAAAUGGAUAGAGCUUCUCCAAUUAAGAGAUGAAGAUUGGAGAAUGGGUGACAUCGUUCACACAUUGACCAACCGGCGGUGGGCCGAGAAAUGUGUAUCAUAUGCUGAAAGUCAUGACCAAGCUCUUGUCGGUGACAAAACGAUUGCAUUUUGGUUGAUGGACAAGGAUAUGUAUGAUUUUAUGGCUGUGGAUAGACCAUCAACACCACGAAUAGAUCGUGGAAUUGCAUUACAUAAGAUGAUCAGACUUAUUACUAUGGGAUUGGGUGGAGAAGGAUAUCUCAACUUCAUGGGAAAUGAAUUUGGCCACCCAGAGUGGAUAGAUUUUCCACGAGGGGAUCAACAUCUUCCAACUGGUAAAAUUGUCCCAGGAAACAAUAACAGUUAUGAUAAAUGUCGGCGAAGGUUUGACUUGGGUGAUGCAGACUAUCUUAGAUAUCGUGGACUGCAAGAAUUUGAUCAAGCUAUGCAGCAUCUUGAAGAAAAAUAUGGUUUCAUGACUUCAGAGCACCAGUAUAUAUCACGUAAAGCUGAAGAUGAUAGGAUCAUAGUUUUUGAAAGGGGAAACUUGGUGUUUGUUUUCAAUUUUCAUUGGUCGAGUAGCUACUUUGAUUACCAGAUUGGUUGCUUGAAGCCAGGUAAAUAUAAGAUUGUUUUGGAUUCAGAUGAUCCAUUGUUUGGUGGAUUCAACAGAAUUGACCACAAUGCUGAACACUUCACUUUUGAGGGAUCGUAUGAUAAUCGACCCCGUUCCUUCUUGGUAUAUGCUCCUAGUAGGGCUGCAGUGGUGUAUGCUCUAGUAGAUGAUGACGCAGAACCAGCUUCAGAUGAUCUUGUAGAAGAUGAUACAGUACUAGCUAUGCAGGAUUUAGUUGUUGAAGAUGACGCAGAACCAGCUGAAGAUUAAGCUUCAUUUGCAGAUUUAUUAUCUAGAAUAAUGUAGUGGGAUAUAGAAGAAGGGUCUUGGUUCUGUUGUGGGCAUUUUCAUGGCAGCUUGCACUCAAAAUCACAUUUAAGGGCUACAGUAGUUGCUGUGAGUCCACUGAUGGACUGCUUCAUAAAUACAGAAUGAAGACUUUGAAAAAGCAAAAGUAAAAUAACGAAGCAUUGCAGAAUGAGCGCAAGGGCUUAGAAGGCUGUUCUCUGCCCUUAUAAGCCUCUGUAAAUGUUUAUAGUAUCCUUAUGUAAAUUAUGUCAAGGAUAUAUAUCAAUAAUAGGGUUUUAGAAAUACCAGAAUAAGUUUGUCCUAGAACUUUUAUCCUAUUAUCUAUGCAAGGCAGUGCUUUUGCUUCA